GAUACAGAGAGCUUCCAAACAGCCUCACAGCUCAACUCCUCUUCGGUCUUACUGGAAUGAGAAAACUGCUUGCACAGGGCUGGUUCUUUGUAGCUCUGCAGGGCCUCUGCCACAGCAUUCUCUGAAGGGCUGAAGCAGUGUGGAGGAGCUACAGUAGAUAAGGUACCGUGUCAUGUCCCCUCCUAAUGGCCCCAAAUCCCUGUGGCUGGUGCUUCUUUUUGGAAUGGGAGUGAUGGCAAAGAGCCUGAACUGUCCAGCAAAGUGUACCUGUGAAUACCUGGAAGUGAACUGCACAGGGCAGCAGCUGCAAGAUUUCCCUACAGCCAUUCCACUGGACACAAGGCAGCUGAUUCUGGCUACCAACAACAUCUCCUACCUGCCAUCGGUGGAGCUGAACUUCCUAAGUGACUUGGUCUAUCUGGACUGCAGGGAAAAUGCCAUUAGUGAAGAUCUGGAUUUUGCCUUUAUCAGUCUCAACAAGCUCAUCUACCUAGACCUCAGCUUCAACAACCUCACCCGGGUCACCUUCACCACUUUCUCACAGCUCAGUAGCCUGGUGGUGCUGAAGAUCUCGAAUAACCCAAAUCUGGUGGAGAUUGAGAAGGAUUCCUUUGCCAACAACACCUGGCUGAGGCACCUGGAUGUGAGCCGGACUGGCUUGACGUUCCUGGAUACUAGCAUUGUCAAGGAUCUGCCCAAUCUGAAGUCCCUGGGUCUAAGUGAAAACCUCUGGAACUGUAACUGCUCCUUCUUGGACUUCACCCUCUGGAUGAAAGAGAGUGGCGUUCACUUCCCAGAUCCUGAGAACAUCACCUGCUACAGCCCAGCAGCUCUAUAUGGCUGGUCAAUGCCCGAGGUGGAGUCGAAGCUCCACUACACAUGUCUUCUCCAUUUAUACGAUACGGACUAUGCCUUCCUGGGUCUGAUUGGCUUCUGUAUAUUCUCUGCCGGCACUGUGGCAGCCUGGUUGGCUGGGAUGUGUGUAGUGCUAUACGAAUUCCACGCAACAAAGGGGGGGAAUGAUGAUGACGAAGAUGAAGACGAAGAAGCAACUAUCUAGAACUAGCCUCUGAAGCCCUGGUGAAUAACUAUGCUGGGAUGCCACAGAGACUUAUACUAGAUGUCCCUUUCUCUUGGUCCCCCGGGCUUUCCCUCUAUCUCCCUUUCCAGAUGAAAUUCUUGUGACCCAAAAUACAACUGCAGGAAUCCUUUUGCUGUAGUUUAACCUUCUUUUGGGGAAUUUCUUCCUUCCUCCUUCUUUUCUCCAAAAUUUCUUUCUCCACCUGGGCUUGGGCCAUUGACAAACUAAUUGAUGCCUGCCAAAAGUAUGGUAAGUGCUCAUCUAUCAACCAGCCAGAUAAUUAGUACUUGUUAUUUACGGAAUGCUCCAAAAUAGCUAAGAACCUUACUGAAUAUGUAGGAAGCCAUGAGCAAAGACAUUCAAAAACAGGGGCCUAAAGUCAGGCUCCAAAAUUCAUAUGUAGGCUCUUGGACUAUGUGUCCUGAUUUUCAAAAAUGUUGGGCGUUCAGUUGCACCAAUGGAGAUCACUGGAAGUUGCUGGGAGCUAAAUGCUUUUGAAAAUCAGGUUAUUUAUCUAGGAGCCUAAAUAUGGAUUGAGGAACCCAACUUUAGGCUCCUACUAUUGAAAAUUUUGGCCAUGCCCCUGUCCCAGAGAGCUUGCAAUCUAAGUAUGAUUUGUAAAAGAUAUACAAGUUAUUCUCCAAAAGAUGCUGGAGAUGAAGCAGCCAAGUGUUACAGAAAGAUCAUCAUAGAGUGACCUCUAGCUGAUAUAUAUGUUUAACAUCUCCUUAAUAUUGCAGCCAGGAAGAGACAAUUACCUGCUGAGAGCAGCUCAGCUUAGCUCUUACUGGCUGAAACUAAUAGCAUGUC